AUGAAGAAUAAUUGGCUUCCACUGGCCCUCUGGGCCGUAUUCAUCUCUCUUUGCUCCGGCACCGGCAAUUCCAUUUUGCACAAAGUCGAGCACCAAGGCCCGCAUCUGUACGCACUACAAUCCGACGAGCCCCUGAUAGUCUGGCGAGGAGACACUAGGAGCCCAGACAACGUUAGAAACAUUCAUCGAGGGUUCAGCCCACCAAACGAAAUAGAACAUCUCACCAAGCAACAGGCUGAAGAUGCAUGUAGCCUAUACCAACAUCCGUAUGGUGGUACCCGCAGUUUUACUAAAUAUGUCUCGUCAAGUACGGAUCCGAAAGUAGCGAGACUUUUUGCUAGCGAUUUUGAUGAUCCCGCAAAUCGCGGAUACAUUUAUGAAAUCCAAGCCGACGAGAAAUUCAUUGACGUGAAAGCCAGUCUCGGGAAGUACGGGCGCUACCCGGAGCAGGUGGAACAGGCAGCAUCGAAACCCAUCGGUUGGGACCAGGUCGAGGGUUGGUACGACCUUGCCGAGUUCUUACCGCACGAGAUGGCGAUACUUGAAGAUGCUGCUUCCGGGCCGCUCAAAGACAUGUCACAAUUCGUGCACCGAUUUCACGAAAAUCCGGACUGGGAUUUGCACAAAUACUAUGGGCGCAAGGGCGCGGGCGCCAGACCUGAGCUUGCCGGGUUCAGGAAAGACAGCCCGGCAUGGGACGAGGAGCCAUGGAGCCAGUACAAGGCCAAGCCGGUCUCCAAGGCAUGGAAAGACUACACCGAGAGGGUGUGCGCGUCCCCCGUGGUCACCACGUCUCAAGGGGUUGGCAUCUGUCCUGACGACGUCCUUCCCCAAGUAGAACAAGAAUUUACUCUGGCAGAUCCGCUGGGCGCCAGGGACUUGACGGGACAGUUGCAGUCUGCAGACCCGGCGCAGUACAAGCUAGAUGUCAGCUUCACCAAGGCCAGCGAGGCCGGCGAGAUGAUCGAGGCCGACGAAGCGGCCCAGGCGGCCGAGGCUGCAGAGAUGGCUGAGGCGGUGGCGGACGCGGCGGCGAUUGACGCCAUUGAACUGGCCGAGCUGUUGGAGGGAGAAACGUUGGUUGACAUCAUCCUUGCUUUUCUUCUCUUGUGA